UCAGCUCAGCCAAAAAAGAUGCGUCUAGAAGACACAAAUCUGGCUAAAAUAGGCCAACAAUCAAUGUUUAUCGUUCUAUUGGUCCUCAUCGGCUAACAAGACGCCAUCUUCCACGGCUUAACGUCAAACUUAUAUUCUCUACCGUCUCCAACCGCCUCUUGGCAUCUGUAAAGCCGCGACGCCAUCACUUUACCCCAAAAGCCAAGCAGCCAUGCGGCAAUUCACCCCGGCAUUAGCAUAUCUUGCCUUGGACCUUGUUCCACGUGGAAAAGAAAUACAUGCAGAACUCUAAUUAAGCAAUUUUGGUGGCGUUCGGGCCAUUCAUUCCCACAACAGCACGGAUUCGCCACAGCAAACACCAAGGUCUUGCGUGUAUGCACUGUACUGUAUGCAUGAAAUUUGGCGAAUGGGCCAUGGAAUCCUACGCUGUACCUUGGCUGCCCUCUGAGCUCGGGCCAGCCAUUUUGAAUCGUAUUUCACUUUGCCUUUGACUGAAAAUAUUGACGAGCCACUUGCUAAUGUUGAAUUUUGAAGUCAAGCCAAUAUUAGCUAUAAUCGGCCAAGUAAUUCACUGACCCUUCUGAGGGGCUCUCUUUGGCAGAUGCAGUGCUCGCUCUUUGUUCGUCAUGCCGGGUGAUUCUCUAUAAACAGGCAUCUCCCAGCUCCGUUUACAAAGCAAUUCUUCAAUUCUUCAAUUCUUCAGCUGUUUCCCUGGUCAUGUUGCGACUCUGAUUGAUCAACUACAUUCAACAUGGCUGACACCAGUACAAAUGAGGGGCUUGAUACCCAUUCGACAGCAAGGCUUGACGCCAACAAUUUUCCUGACGACAAAACGAGCCAUCUCUUACCUGAUGGUAGCCUAGGCCACGGUCCCCUUGACGAGAGCUUCAGCGAUGCCUUCCCUGACAACAGCCAGAGCCAUGGUCUGCUCGACCAGGGGUUGAGUGAUGUUUUUCUUGGUGAUAGCAUUAGCCAUGGCCUCCUUGACCAGACGUUGCACCAUAUUUUUGAGCCCUACAAGGAUUUCGCUGACCAACUUGCUCUACCAUCAGCUGAAAACCCCUUUCCAUACUCAAGCUGUAUGCAGGUCGACUGGGACGAAGGUGUCUUUUCGGAGACAAAGCCCCAGGGAACCGCUGAGUACGAACUGGACGGCUCGAUUGCAACGAACGACUCGAUUGUAGCGAAUAACAGCUUGCCAUCAACAUACCCAUCGUCUGAAUUUUCGGACCUGGUUCAUGUAUCCACCCCUGCAUCAGAUUCACAGGCUUCCGAUGAGAGACAGUCUGUUCUUGUCUCGCCCCCAGACGGCCAGGCCAAGUUGGAACCAACAUCUACUUCAGAGCCUGCAUCACCAACUCUAAGCAAUGCCGCUUCAGAGCCUGACAACGCCAAGUAUAAGCGCAAGGAGAGUUCAGAGCUCGAUGGCGAGCUUCUUCCAGGCAAAAUGAAGGGCAUGGCUGGCCUAUUUAGGAAGCGUUUCGUGAAGCCGCAGGCAAUCAAGUGCGAGCCCGAUGAUCCCUUACACAGAUGUGUUCAAGAUGAAAUUUCAGGAAACUUGAGCUAUGAAUCCCAAAGUUUGGACGUAAGGACAUACAACCAAGCUAAGAACAUCCGCAGAAUGAUCCAGAAGAUUCAGAGCCGAAUCUCCACUGUCCCGAACUCGUUUGCCAAGGGCACGGAAUACUAUGACCAUCAUGCAGACCCGACAUAUCCUACCAGCCUCCGAAUGGAGUAUGACUACAAAGAGCGAAUUCGAUACGCCAUUCUAGACUGGUCUGAUUAUCAUGAGCAGAAGCCGGCACGCAAGCGCUCCAAAACAGAAUAUGCCCCAAGUAUCGAAGAGAAGCAGAGACAGGUGCUCGGCCGGCCACUGUCAAACCUCGCUGUUCAAAUCAGCUGCUGGGAUCUUGUGGCAGCAUCCAAACUAUCCCAGCGUGGCAUGACAGGCGUCUAUUAUUGGUCUGGAUCGGAAGGAGUGUAGGAAUUCUAUUCCACCUUUAAAGACAGGAUUACUGCCAUUUGUGCUGCUCUCAAGCACUGUAAGCAGCUUGUCAAGUCCCUGUUGACCUCUGGCCAAGGCUGGGUCUUGCGCGUUGCCAACUGCCCAGAGAGUGAAGUUUCGGUAAGGAAACCAAACAUAGAGUACUACCACAAGCAGCUGACAAUGAAGCAGCACAAGUUGAACAACAAAAAGGUCAACGAGAAGAAAAAUGAGCGCCUGCGCAAGAUCACUCUAGACGAAGCGUUGUAUGGUGGCCGUCACAAAAUGGCUAGCAGUUCUUUGCGCAAAUGCGGCAAGCGUCAGCAGAGGGAUGAUGAUUAUGAAGAGUAACAGAGGAGGGAAAUUUUAAGAAGGAUAAUGAUUUUGAGAAGUUACAGAGGGAGAAAAUUUAAGAGGGAUUAUGAGAUUGACAAAAUUAUGGGCAUAUGCUUAUGGAUAUUUGGAAAUUAUGAGAGAUGAUAACUAGCGGGAUUGGAUAAGGAGCAUAAAGCGAAUAGAGAAACGUGAUUGAUUUGAGGUAUCUAGGAGUGAUCCAGUUGAUGGAUAAUUAAAAGGGUGUAUAAUCUGCUAAAGUCGUUAAAGAGUAAAACAAAUGCUUGCUACUUGAAAAAAUGUCUAUUGCGAAGCGCCCUCCGGGGUGGCUGUCUUUGCCGCAAGAGGGCGUGUGAAGAAGCGGUUUCUCUCCCAGCCGUCAAUCUCGUCAAUGACAGUCUCGCUGACGAGCUCGUACUUGCCGAUCUUGGGC